AAUAAUAUUGUCUUAUUUCUUCGUGAAUCAUCGUCAAGUGACAACCACAACUGCAUAAGAGAUUGGUAAUACGAUUCACUGCCUAUAAGUAGAAACGGCGGCUCUGUGUUUAUCUACUGUCUACCAGCGAGUGUUUUAGUGCACGCACCGUUGCCUAUUACCGUCGUUGGAGAAAACGCGCACGCGAUUACUGAACGAAAAUGGCGUUGAAUUCGCGCGACAACCAGCCCGGGAAAACUAACACUGCCGCUGUCUCGCCGCCGACUCCAGUACAGCACAAAUAUUCGACGAGAAUCAGAACUCACAAUGAAAAAAAAACAUAUUCAGAAGAUGGGGCGUUUGGAGAUGAAAUUGGAGGUGUACAGUCUUAUAAUCUUCAAGAUAAACUUGGCUCAACAAGUUAUACAGAUUCCUAUUUUGUUAAGCGGAUGGAGGGAGUAGAUUUGACCAUUUUCUACUUUCAAAAAAAUGGUUUUACAAUACCAUUGUUGUUUAAUGAUAAGGUAGGUCUCGGUUUACAAGUUCCUACUCCAAAUUUUUCUGUAAAUCAUAUUCGUACUAAUGUGGGUUCAAGAAGAAAACUAGAUGUAACUGAUGUAAAAACUCAAAAGAACUUUAGAAUGAAUUUGAAAGAAUGGGCUAAGUAUUAUCGGGCACCAGUUAAAGACAAACUGUUAAAUGUAAAUCCACUCGAGUUCAGCCAAACUAAGCUAGAAAACUACGUAAAGAGUCCCAAUAUCGUGCGAGAAUUGGAUUGGAUUGAUUGUGUUUGGCCCAAACGAUUUAAAGGAAGUCAAACAGAAUCAACUAAUGUAAUACCUUGUUUACCCCAUCCAAAGGUACAAAAGUAUUGUUUGAUGUCAGUUAAAGGCUCUUUUACAGAUUUUCACAUUGAAUUUGGUGGUACAUCUGUCUGGUAUCAUAUAUUUAAAGGGAGCAAAGUGUUUUGGUUAGUACCUUCUACGGAUGUAAACAUUAGUCUAUAUGAACAAUGGAUAUUGUCUGGUAAACAGGGUGACACAUUUUUUGGAGAUACUGUUGAAAAAUGUGAACGUGUAACAUUGAACGCAGGAGAUACAUUUUUCAUACCUACUGGUUGGAUUCAUGCUGCUUAUACUACUAAAGACUCUAUAGUAUUUGGAGGAAACUUUUUACAUUCUUUUGACAUUCAAAAACAACUCCGUAUCGCAGAAAUUGAAGAGACCACUAAUGUUCCUGAAAAGUUUAGGUAUCCUUUUUUUACCGAAAUGUUGUGGUAUGUUUUGGAACGUUAUGUUUACUAUGGUUUGGGUAUAUCUCAUUUAACAGAAAGUGUUGAAACUCCUCCAGCCCCAGUUAAAUAUAUUCAUUUUACUAAACAGGAACUUUAUGGCAUUAAAGCAAUAGCAAGAUAUUUACAUGUUUUACCAUUUGAUAACAAAAGAGUUCCUCCUUUUAUCAAGAAUGCUAGUGAGUUAAUAAAAAAUGGAACUGUUGUUUUUAAUAAACAUAUAAAUGACAAACCUGAAAAUGUUCUAAGUGGGCAACUUAUUCUUAAUAUGCAAGGAGUCAAAAAAAAAGAAAAAAGGUUUUAUAAAAGUGCCGGAGAUAUGAAUAGCAAAGUGAAGAUCCGUAAAACAGAAAAUGCUCCUCAUUCAGGCCCACAAAGAAGGCGUACAAGAUGUAAGCGAUGUAAUGCAUGUAAGCACCCAGACUGUGGAGAAUGUUCAUUUUGUAAGGAUAUGGUCAAGUUUGGUGGGUCUGGUCGAGCUAAACAGACAUGUGUCAUGAGACAGUGUUUAACGCCAAUAUUACCAAUUACUGCAACUUGUAAAAUUUGCUCAUUAGAUGGUUGGGGUCAAAAAAUAGUUACAUCCAUACAAAAAAGUGCUAAAAAUGAUCCUAGUAAUCUUAUGGAAUGCAGUGUAUGCUUUGAAAUUGUCCAUCCAGACUGUUUAUUUAAACAUUCUGUUUUUACCAAUAUUGGUAAUAACAAUUUAUAUAUGUUUAAUAGUUGGGAAUGCCCUAAAUGUUGUAUGGAAGGAAAAAAUUUGGGAAGCAAGCCUCGCCACUUCCGUGCUCUUAAACUAUCAAACAUUCACCAGAAGCGUUUUAAAAGUGACAUGGACAAUGAUUGUAAUAAAAGAUUGAAAACUUUACCGGACAUAGAAUUAAAUGAAUGAGGGAAAAUCAUUGAAGAGAAUUAUUAUUGAAUAAUGCUUUCUCAACAUCAUUGGUUUUCAGAGUUGAAUAUUUUUUUUUAUUUUAAACUUUUAUCAGUGCUUAUAAUUUGUAGUUUGUAGUUAAUGGAUGACAAGGUAUUAAUUAUUUAUCAUUGUACUUUUCAUAACUUUAUUUUUAUAUUUAAUUAUUU